GGCCAAAUUCCGGAGGACUGAGAUUGCGACGAACAACCAGGAAGCGGCUAGGCUGGGAGCUGUCCCCGAUUCUCCACUCUGCUCUCGAGGCCCCCUCCGGGGGUCCUUACGCCGUGUUCCUCUGUCCCGCGUGGUCCUUGCCACGACCUGGGCUCCGGCCCGGGACGAUCACUCCGGAGCCACCAUGUCAUCCGACUUCGAAGGCUACGAGCAGGACUUCGCGGUGCUCACGGCAGAGAUCACCAGCAAGAUUGCGAGGGUCCCCCGACUCCCUCCUGAUGAGAAGAAGCAGAUGGUUGCAAAUGUGGAGAAACAGCUCGAAGAAGCAAAAGAACUGCUUGAACAGAUGGAUCUGGAAGUCCGAGAGAUACCACCCCAAAGUCGAGGAAUGUACAGCAACAGGAUGCGAAGCUACAAGCAAGAAAUGGGCAAACUUGAAACAGAUUUUAAAAGGUCACGGAUCGCCUACAGUGACGAAGUACGGAAUGAGCUCCUAGGGGAUGAUGGGAAUUCCUCGGAGAACCAGUUGAUAAAAUUACGUGAAGAGAGGGCACAUCUGCUCGAUAACACAGAGAGGCUGGAAAGGUCAUCUCGGAGACUAGAGGCUGGAUACCAAAUAGCAGUGGAAACCGGCUGCGCCAUUGAGCCACUAGUUAAAGGAAUAAUUCCUGUGCUGCCUGUAGUUUCGCAGAAAUGGAAAUUUGGACUGCAUGGGAGUGAAAAAGACUGGCUUUCAGGUUUUUAA